CUGGGUGGCACAAUUGGAGACAUUGAAGGCAUGCCAUUUGUGGAAGCUUUCAGGCAGUUUCAGUUUCGAGUGAAGCGAGAGAACAUCUGCUGUGUUCAUGUUAGUCUUAUACCACAGCCAAAGACCACGGGUGAACAGAAAACAAAACCCACCCAGUCAAGUGUUCGUGAACUUCGAGGACUUGGCAUUUCCCCAGAUAUUAUUGUGUGCCGAAGUGUCACCCCCUUGGCUGAAUCUGUCAAAGAUAAAAUAUCUUUGUUUUGUCACGUUGACCCUGAGCAGGUGUACUGUGUCCACGAUGUGACUUCAAUCUACCGUGUGCCUUUACUUCUGCAAGCCCAGGGAGCAGACGAGUUCCUGAUCAGACGCUUGAGUCUGGAUACUUCAGGUGUUAAAGUCAGUGCUGUUAACCAUAUGGCCAGGUGGAAAGAGCUGGCAGACAGGCAUGACCGACUGCUGAAGGAAGUCUGCAUUGUUUUGGUUGGCAAAUAUACUGAACUGUCUGAUUCAUACGCGUCUGUUAUUAAAGCUCUGCAGCACGCAUCGCUGGCUGUCAACCAUCGGCUGGAUCUCAAGUGUAUAGAAGCCUGUGAUUUAGAACCAGAAACUCUUCAAGACAACCCACAAAGGUAUCACGAAGCUUGGAGGGAAGUCACUGGGGCCAACGGUCUCAUUGUGCCUGGUGGUUUUGGAAUCAGAGGGACAGAUGGAAAGAUCCUAGCCUGCAAAUGGGCUCGAACUAAAAAGGUCCCAUUCUUGGGUGUGUGCCUGGGGCUCCAGUGUGCAGUCAUUGAGUUUGCUCGCAAUGUCCUCAAUUGGGAAGGUGCUAAUUCCACAGAAUUUGACCAGGCAACGAAACAUCCAGUUGUUAUUGAUAUGCCAGAGCACAACCAAGGGCAGAUGGGAGGAACGAUGCGACUGGGCAAACGGAAAACCAAUUUCAAAACAGAAAAGAGCAUUUUACGUAAACUUUAUCAUAACCAGGAGUUUGUGGAGGAGCGGCAUAGACACAGAUAUGAGGUGAACCCAGAAGUAGUCUCUGCUUUGGAAGAGAAAGGGAUGAAGUUUAUCGGCCGCAGUGAGGACGGAGAGCGCAUGGAGAUUAUGGAGUUGGAAGGUCACCCAUACUACGUCGGGGUACAGUUCCACCCAGAAUACAUCUCCCGUCCAAUGAAACCCUCACCUCCGUACCUCGGCCUGCUCCUGGCCUCAUGCAACAAGCUGCAAGCAUACGCCAGCCGAGGUUUCCGGCCAACACCCCGGAUGUCUUUCUGUGAGGAUUCCGACAGGGAGGAUGAACUGUAUGCCGAAACAAAUCACCUCAAUGACGAUGCCUCGGAACAGUCUGCUUGA